GCGGCGGCCAGACGCGGAGCUGAGCAGGCGUAGCCGGGAGGCGUUUAGGGGGCGGGGGGAGCGAGCCCCAGCGCCACCCCUCCUGGGAGCCGCGCGAGAGGAAGUGGCUGUUUUUGUCUUUGAUAAAAAGCUGAUUGACAAAUAUCAAAAAUUUGAAAAGGAUCAAAUAAUCGAUUCCCUAAAACGAGGAGUCCAGCAGUUAACGCGGCUACGACACCCUCGACUUCUUACUGUACAGCACCCUUUAGAAGAAUCAAGGGAUUGCUUGGCAUUUUGUACAGAACCAGUUUUUGCAAGUUUAGCCAACGUUCUUGGUAACUGGGAAAAUCUACCUUCCUCUCUACCUCCAGACAUUAAGGAUUAUAAACUUUAUGAUGUAGAGACUAAAUAUGGUUUGCUUCAGGUUUCAGAAGGAUUAUCAUUUUUGCACAGCAGUGUGAAAAUGGUUCAUGGGAAUAUUACUCCAGAAAACAUAAUUUUAAAUAAAAGUGGAGCCUGGAAAAUAAUGGGUUUUGAUUUUUGUGUGUCAUCGACCAAUCCUUCUGAACAAGAGCCUAAGUUUCCUUGUAAAGAAUGGGACCCGAAUUUACCAUCAUUAUGUCUUCCAAAUCCUGAGUAUUUGGCUCCUGAAUACAUACUAUCUGUCAGCUGUGAAACAGCCAGUGAUAUGUAUUCUCUAGGAACUGUUAUGUAUGCUGUAUUUCAUAAAGGGAAACCUAUAUUUGAAGUCAACAAGCAAGAUAUAUAUAAAAGUUUUAGUAGGCAGUUGGAUCAGUUGAGUCGUUUAGGAUCUAGUUCACUUACAAGCAUACCUGAGGAAGUCCGUGAACACGUGAAACUACUGUUAAAUGUAACUCCAGCUGUAAGACCAGAUGCAGAUCAAAUGAUAAAGAUUCCUUUCUUUGAUGAUGUUGGUGCAGUCACGCUUCAAUAUUUUGAUAGCUUAUUCCAAAGAGAUAAUCUUCAGAAAUCACAGUUUUUCAAAGGACUGCCAAAGGUUCUACCAAAACUGCCCAAGCGUGUCAUCGUGCAGAGAAUUUUGCCUUGUUUGACAUCAGAAUUUGUGAAUCCUGACAUGGUUCCUUUUGUUUUGCCCAAUGUUUUAUUGAUUGCUGAGGAAUGCACCAAAGAAGAAUAUGUCAGAUUGAUUCUACCUGAACUUGGCCCUGUAUUUAAACAGCAGGAGCCAAUCCAGGCUAGCAACAUGAUUUUGUUAAUUUUCCUACAAAAAAUGGAUUUAUUGCUAACCAAAACCCCUCCCGAUGAGAUAAAGAACAGCGUCCUGCCCAUGGUGUACCGAGCACUGGAAGCGCCUUCCAUUCAGAUCCAGGAGCUCUGUCUGAACAUCAUUCCAACCUUUGCAAACCUUAUAGACUACCCAUCCAUGAAAAAUGCUUUGAUACCAAGAAUUAAAAAUGCCUGUCUACAAACGUCUUCCCUUGCUGUUCGUGUGAAUUCAUUAGUGUGCUUAGGAAAGAUACUGGAAUACUUGGAUAAAUGGUUUGUACUUGAUGAUAUCCUGCCCUUCUUACAACAGAUUCCAUCCAAGGAACCUGCAGUCCUCAUGGGAAUUUUAGGUAUUUACAAAUGCACUUUUACUCAUAAGAAGUUGGGAAUUACCAAAGAGCAGCUGGCCGGGAAAGUAUUGCCUCAUCUCAUCCCCCUGAGUAUUGAAAGCAACCUGAAUCUUAAUCAGUUCAACUCUUUCAUUUCCGUCAUAAAAGAGAUGCUGAGCAGAUUGGAGUCUGAACAUAAGACUAAACUGGAGCAACUUCAUAUAAUGCAAGAACAGCAGAAAUCUUUGGACAUAGGAAAUCAAAUGAAUACUUCUGAGGAGACAAAAGUUACAAAUGCUGGGAAUCAGAUUGACAGGGUUUUUAACAACAUUGGAACAGACCUUUUGACUGGCGGUGAAUCAGAAAAUAAAGAAGAUGGGUUACAGAAUAAACAUAAAAGAGCAUCACUUACACUCGAAGAAAAACAAAAAUUAGCAAAAGAACAGGAGCAGGCCCAGAAGCUGAAAAGCCAGCAGCCUCUUCACCCACAAGUACACACCACCAUCGCUCCAGUAAAACAGACUAAGGACUUGACAGACACAUUGAUGGAUAAUAUGUCAUCUUUGAGCAGCCUCUCUGUCAGUACCCCCAAAUCUUCUGCUUCAAGUACCUUCACUUCAGUUCCUUCCUCGGGCCUGGGCAUGAUGUUUUCUACACCAAUUGAUAAUCCGAGGAGAAAUUUGACAAAUGGCCUAAAUGGCAAUAUGGGCUUUCAGACUUCGGGAUUCAGCAUGCCGGUUAACACAAACCAGAACUUCUUCAGUAGUCCAGGCACCCCCGGAGUGAGCACUCUGACUCCGGGGGCACCUCCCACCCUGCCCAGCUUCAGUGCUCUGGGUGCUGGCGUGAAGCAGACCCAACAGAGACCCGCAGAUAUGUCUGCCCUUAAUAAUCUCUUUGGUCCUCAGAAACCCAAAGUUAGCGUGAACCAGCUAUCACAACAGAAACCAAAUCAGUGGCUUAAUCACUUUGUACCUCCUCAAGGUUCUCCAGGUCUGGGCAAUUCGGUAGUGGGACCGCAGGUGAGCAUGAUGGGACAAGCUACCUUCGGCAUGCAGGGUAACCCUUUCUUUAACCCACAGAACUUUGCACAGCCACCCACUGCUAUGACCAGUGGCAGUUCAGCUAGCAAUGAUUUGAAAGAUCUUUUUGGGUGAGGUGUCUUGCUCCUAGUUUUGAAGGAUUACUUCUGUUUUAAUCAUGGGUAAGCUAAUUUACAUCUUUGUUUACUUGGCUCGAGGCAACUAUUAUUGCAAAGUGAAUGGUUUGGUGACAGACAGCAUCUGUUGCCACGCCAGCCAGCAGAGUAGUUGUAUGAACUCCUAACCAGUUGAGUUUUUUUAAAGCACUGAGGAAUUUUUCCUCUUACAAACUCCUCUUCAGGUUUUUAAAACCCCAAUCCUUACCAGUGUCAGAGAGAAAAAAGGACAACUGAGUUAUCUUGAAUAGUAGAAUUUUUAAAUCAGAUGUUUAUUUUGCCUUGUAUAUCUGUGUUCUUUUAAAAAACAAUUGGUAACUGCAAACUCCCUUUUUGUGUUCUACUUGGUACACAGUCUGUCUUCCCAGGUCAUUAGUCUUCAUUUUAAUAUGUGAAAAAUCUUGAUGCUGUAUUGGUUUGUUUGCAUUUAGUAUGACUGAGAAAAUGAUGAGCAUAAAAAUGAUCAGAUUUUGUCUUCUUCCAGUCUUCAUUUACUUUUCAGAUGAACUAACGUUUAGUAAUAAAGACUGAACAAAUGCUACAAAAUUUAACUUAUCUUAAUUUUAUUGGUUUAGAAAGCAUUAUACAUCAUCUUAAAUGCAAACUAAUCAUUGUACAUUAUAUUUUCGCAUGAUCUGCCUCAAAUAGCUAUGUAUUGUUCUGCAUUUACUUGGAUACAUUUGGGAUCUGUUUUUUCCUACCGCAUCGCAGAAGAGCUAUGUACUGAUAUGUACAGAUUAUUGGCAAAGGAAUCUGAUGUGAUUUCCCCGACUCCUGCCUUGAUAUUUCAUUUUGAAUUUAAACUUAUGAGGUUGCAGCACAUGUGCAUUACAUUUUCAAAAGGAAGUUUGUAAGAAUUAAACUAUAUUUAAUGAGUAAACUUGAGAUUUCAGCUGUAUUGUUUCAAAUGUAAUUAAACUUCACUACGAAUGAACAGUUGUAUCUUCUGUAUCAACAGAUUAAUUUUCAGCUUGCCAUGAUAGUCUGACCUCAUCAAAUACUGCAGCUGAAAUCUUUUCUAGAAAUUCCAGCAACCUUUUGUUUGAGCAUUUUAAUGUCCAUAAUCAGCCAUUUUUAGAAAGGAAAGAAUUAAGUUCUCCUAACCGGCAACAUGUUUCAUUUCUCAAAACUUUUCUCUGCUGUUUUUAAUUUGCUGAUUAUUCAACCACAGAGCCUUAUGCUGUCAUUUGUAGUUUUAAAAAUUAUAUUCCACUGUUAUGUGAUAACUUUAUCUUUUAAAGAAUUGUCUGUGUAGUAUAGUUGCUCCCGUACAGUUUGUGGUUUUUAAUUAUUUGGAACCAGCAAUCAUUUAAAAUAAACCAUAUGAAGUUUAGUGCGCUGGUACUAAGUUUAUUCAUUGACUAUGAAUAGUCAUUGAAAAAUACAUAUACACAUACACACUCGAUAUCUGUUUAAUAGAUAGUAUUUGAUUACAAACUAUAAUUUGAUGACAUUGCUGAUAAUAUUUAGUAAAGGAAGGGGGUGUUUAAAAAUAAAAGUUAGCUUUCACAUCUAGUUUUUCUGUGAGCUGUACUUUGUAGCAUGAUUAUAGAACUGAUAAGAUUAUUGAAGAAAGUUGUCUUAAGAAAUGAAGAAAACCAGAAAGAUCCAAAAUAUUUUUGUCAAAUAUAUCUACAACUUGACCAGAGUAGCUAUUUUGUUUUUAACACAAGAUUUCUCUUGGGAAAAGCUUACAAAUGGCAUAAUUACUUAAUUGAAGAUUUUGUCUUUGUAACAAUUCAGUAGUUGCCGUUUAUUGGGGACUAUUUUUUAUUUUAUAAAAGGACUUGCUGUCAGUAAUCACUUCCUAAUUAGAAGAAACCCUUAAUGUAGCAGUUUAUAUGACUUGAACUUCUAAAUCUGAAAAUAGGUUAUUUGAAAAAAAUACUGUGUAAUUCUUAGGUAAUUUUCACUUGUUAAUGUUUGCUCACCAGGCAGUGACGGUGCUGCAUUUUUUAUAAAGAUGUUCUUACACUUUUUUCUACUUUCUCAAAGGUAUUUUAUUGGAAUCAUUUCCAUCAAAUGAGCCAUUCAUUGCCUCUUUCUGUUGUAAAAUUGCCUUUGAAAAACUGUGCUAUUUUUAGGCAAAUGUGUUUCCUAUAUGAACAAAGUAUUUGAAGUGCUAGAUCACCUUAAAAUUAUUUCAGAUAUUGAAAGCAUUUAAGCCUCUUGAGCUUAGAGCAGAAAAUUGAUAGGUUACAGGGCACCUACAGACAAAAAUUACAAAAAAGAUUUCCUUUUAUUUGAAUUGGUUCUCUUUUCUUCUAAUGCUAAAAAUGUGUGAUAUAUGUAGAGAAUGCAUAAAGGAAAUGGAAAUAGCCCGAAUUUGGUUUUUGUUUUGUUUUGUUUUUUUAGCAACACUUAUAACCCUUCUUCUUGAUUAAGGAGGUAGUUGUGUUUUUUUAACCUGUAAAAUACCUCACAAGGUUGCUUAAAGGAGUAUGUGAAAAUGCCUGAUAGAAAGCAAAAUGUGUACCAAAUAAAUUUUAGCUUUUUAAACCUUUCCAUA